AUGGAUCAACUCAUCUCAGUCGUCAAUGAGCUUCACGAUGCCUUCGCAAAUGUGAAAAUGAAUAUUAAGCUCAACUUGCCACAGAUUGCUGUGGUGGGAAGCCAGAGCUCUGGCAAGAGCAGUGUGCUUGAGGCUAUUGUGGGAAGGGACUUUUUGCCUCGUGGAUCGGGGAUUGUGACGCGCUGCCCACUCGUACUGCAGCUGGUUCAGCUACCCGCAUCGGCUAAGGAGGAAUGGGGUGAGUUUCUUCACAAGCCUGGUAAGAAAUAUUACAAUUUCGCCGAAAUAAAUGAAGAGAUUCAGAAUCGCACUGUGGAGAUUGCAGGCAAGUCAGCCAUCACCGACAGACCCAUUAACCUAAAGGUUUUUUCCCCACACGUGCUUAACCUGACGCUCGUUGACUUGCCGGGGUUGGUGAUGAACGCAGUGGGCGACCAGCCAAAGGAUAUUGAUCGCCAAAUUAAAGACAUGGUCACUCGCUACGUGUCACCAGCCAACACUAUUAUUCUCGCCAUCUCACCUGCGAAUACUGAUUUGGCAACAAGCGCCUCGCUUCGUCUCGCCCGGCAGUUGGACCCCGAGGGACUUCGCACAGUGGGUGUACUGACAAAGCUGGAUCUCAUGGACCGUGGCACAGAUGCGUUUGAUGUUCUCACAGGCAAAGUGAUCGGCCUCCGUCACGGCUUUGUGGGUGUGGUGAACCGCAGUCAACAGGACAUUAACGACUCGAAGGGAAUGGAGGCGGCACGAGAGGAUGAGCGGGCGUUUUUCCACAAUCACCCUGUGUACAGCGCUAUUGCCGAUACACAGGGUACAGAGUAUCUCGCGAAGAAAUUGAAUCACCUCCUUCUCGAGCAUAUUAAGGCAGUAAUUCCAGAUCUCAGGGCGCACGUGGAUAAACUGAUGGAAAGUACCAGAAAACAAAUGGAGAAGCUCGGCAUGCUUGACCACGAAAGCAUAGAUCCAGGAGCGAAUAUGUUGUCACUUAUUAAAUUGUUUAGUGACAAUCUCAACCAUACCAUUGAUGGUGGUGUGACUGAUGCAACAAAGGAGUUGCUGGGUGGUGCCCGACUUGACUACAUAUUUAAUGAGUGUUUCGCCUCCUACGUUAAUGGUUUGUCUGCUCGUAAAGAUUUGACAGAUGAGUACAUCCGAAUUAACACACGUAACAUGGCGGGUAUGCAUGCUACAUUAUUCCCAUCCGAUCAUGUAUUUGUUGCGCUUUCAAAGCAACAGAUUACCCGUUUGGAAGAUCCUUCGCAAAAAUGUGUCCAAUUUGUAUAUGAGGAGCUUAUCAAGAUUGUGGAACUCUGUGCAACCAGACUGGAUCGCUUUCCAAAGUUGAAACAGGCCGUUGUGGAGAUCUGUCAGAAGUCACUGCUGGAGUAUCGUGUUCCGACUACGGCCCAUGUUCGAACAAUCAUAGCUGCUGAACGUGGUUUCAUCAAUGUGAAACAUCCAAUGAUGGAGGAACUUGCACAGCGGGCUUUCAUAAAAAUAUUUGGAUCGGAUCCAGAAAAGAAAGACCCACAGCAACAACAGCAGCAGCAACAACAACAGCAGCAAAGACGUGGGAGUCCAGAUGGAAAAGAUAAAGGGGAUAAGAAUAAAAAAGGUGUUAUUGAAAGUGCUAUGAGUAAUGGAGAUAGAAAGAAUAUGGAGGAUGUGCCGUCAACGAUUAUGUUGGGCAACAACAUGUCGUUACACGAACGGCACAUUAACGAUGCUAUCCGAGAGAUGGUGGAGGGAUACUUCACGAUUGUUAAGGGCACUGUCGCUGACCAGGUUCCCAAAGCCAUUACAUUGCUUAUGAUUACAAAACUACGGGAGGAAGUGUACGCAAGACUCGUGAAACAACUGUAUACCGAUCAGAACAUUCACGAUUUGCUUGCAGAGUCUCCUGAAGUGGCAACGCAGCGUAAAGCUGCAACAACGAUGAUGGAGGCAUUGAAAAAGGCACAGGCUGCGUUGGAAGACGUGCGUGGCUUCACACUUGGCACGAAGUAG